GUCCGGCAAGCGCCGCACCAGGCUCGCCGUCCUCACCUCGGGAGGCGACUCGGCGGGCAUGAACGCGGCCGUGCGCGCCGUCGUCAAGAUGGCCAUUGCUCGCGGCUGCGAGGCGUUCGUCGUCCGCGAGGGCUGGGAGGGUCUCGUGCGCGGCAACGAGGAGUCGGCGCACGUCGAGACCAACGCGUCGUCGCCCCCGCUCGCCGGUGCGCCCGUCGCGACCGACGCUGCGCCCGAGAAGCGCCGCGGCGGCUUUGUCGCCACCUACGGCGAGGGCGAGCUCCUCAAGGAGGGCGAGGGCGAGCAGACGCUCAAGGGUCGCUACAUCAUUCGCGUCGGCUGGGACGACGUCCGCGGGUUCGCCUCGAUCGGCGGCACGCUCAUCGGUACGGCUCGCUGCGCCGCCUUCCGCGAGCUCGAGGGCCGUCGCACGGCCGCCCUCAACCUCGUCCGCCACGGCAUCGACGCCCUCGUCGUCUGCGGCGGUGACGGCUCGCUCACGGGCGCCGACAAGCUCCGUGCCGAGUGGCCCGAGCACAUGACGGCUCUUCUCGAGCGUGGCGACAUCUCGCAGGACCAGUACGACAUCCACAAGAACCUCAACAUUGUCGGCCUCGUCGGGUCGAUCGACAACGACAUGGCCGGCACCGACAUGACCAUCGGCGCGACCACGGCCCUCCACCGCAUCUGCGACGCCGUCGACAGCAUCUCGUCGACCGCCUCGUCGCACUCGCGCGCGUUCGUCGUCGAGGUCAUGGGUCGUCACUGCGGCUGGCUUGCCUUAAUGGCGUCGAUCGCGACCGGCGCCGACUACAUGUUCAUCCCCGAGCGUCCUCCGACCGCCGAGGACUGGCAGAGCUCGAUGUGCAGCGUCCUCAGUCGUCACCGCGACGAGGGCAAGCGCAAGACGAUCGUCAUCGUCGCCGAGGGCGCGCACGACUGCAAGCUCAACCCGAUCACGCCCGACGAAAUCAAGGACGUCCUCACCAACCGCCUCGGCCUCGACACUCGCGUCACGACGCUCGGCCACACGCAGCGCGGCGGCAACCCGGUCGCGUACGACCGCAUCCUCGCGACGCUCCAGGGUGCCGAGGCCGUCGAGGCCGUCCUGUCGUCGACGCCCGACACGCCGUCGCCCGUCAUCGGCAGCUCGGAGAACAAGAUCACGCGUCAGCCGCUCAUGGAGGCCGUCGCCAAGACGCAGGAGGUCGCCAAGGCGAUCGAGGCGAUGGACUUUGAGCGCGCCCUCAGCCUGCGCGACCCCGAGUUCGAGGACUGCCUGCACGCGUUCCGCGCCACGACCCGGCUCAACACCGAGUACCGCGUUCCCGAGGCCCAGCGCAUGCGCGUCGGCAUCGUCCACACCGGUGCGCCCGCCGGCGGCAUGAACGCCGCCACUCGUACCGCCGUCCGCUACUGCCUGUGCCACGGCCACACGCCCGUCGCCAUCUACAACGGCUUCGUCGGCCUCCUCGAGGGCAACGUCGCCGAGCUCACUUGGCUGCGCGUCGACCAGUGGGGCACUCGCGGCGGCUCCGAGCUCGGCACGAACCGCACCCUGCCCGACUCGGACAUGGAGGCCAUCGCCGCCAAGCUCGCCGAGUACAAGCUCGACUCGCUCCUCAUCGUCGGCGGGUUCGAGGGCAUGGUCGCGCUCAACCAGCUGAGCCGCGCUCGCGACCGCUACAAGGCGCUCAAGAUCCCGCUCGUCCACCUCCCGGCCACCAUCUCGAACAACGUGCCCGUCACCGAAUGGAGCAUCGGGUCCGACACGAGCAUCAACGUCCUCGUCGACGCGUGCGACGCCAUCAAGCAGUCGGCGACGGCGAGCCGCAACCGUGUCUUUGUCGUCGAGACGCAGGGUGCCGGCUGCGGCUACAUCGCCAUGCUCGGAGCGCUUGCGUCGGGCGCCAACAUCGUGUACACGCCCGAGAAGGGCCUCGACCUCAAGACGCUCGUCUCGGACGUCAACUUCCUCAAGAAGCGCUACCAGCAGGACGUCAACGGCAAGAGCGAGGGCCGCCUCGUCAUCCGCGCCGAGCGCGCCUCGAAGACGUACACGACCGAGGUCCUCUCCAACAUCCUCGCCGAGGAGGGCAAGGACCUGUUCGACUCGCGCCUCGUCUCGCUCGGCCACACGCUUCAGGGCGGCGUCCCCUCGCCGCGCGACCGCACUCGCGCCGUGCGCCUCACGGUCAAGUGCAUCGACUGGCUCGAGCAGCAGCACGCCCAGGCCGGCGGCGACCCGGGCGCGGCGUCGAUCGCGAUCCAGGGCGCCGGCAUUCGGUUCGUCGCCGUCGACGAGAUGAUGCAGCAGGCCGACAUCAAGAACCGCCGCGGCAAGGUGCAGUGGUGGGAGCCGAUGCAGCGCCUCGUCGACGUCCUCAGCGGCCGCGUCAACCUCGAGAACGAGCCGCUCAACUCGGGCGUCGUGCCCACCGCCGCCUGAGCGCCAUCGUCAUCGUCGUCGUCGGCCGGUUCGGGCGCCAAAGGAUUGAAGGGCGGGCGGCGGUGGACUCGGCUCGAGGGAGGAGGAGGCUGAGGGAAAGGGGGCUUUCAGGGCAUUUGUAGGCAUACGAUAGAGCGACUGUUUGUACAUAGCCCGUCGACCUC